GCAAUCUGAUUAUAAUUGUUCUUAUCCCUGCCUAGUGAGGUGUAUUAUGUCAUUUGGUUUUUUUUUUUUUUUUUUUGAGUUCAAUGGGACUUGUCUGUAACGUGUUUUACAGGAGAGUACAGAUCCAAGGGUUGGAAACCCUCAGACUUGCAGCCCAAGGCAUGGGUAUGUUACACACUGUGUCGUGCAAGGCUGAUACAUAUUGGUGUCGGCCAGUCUUGAUACCAUUACCUAAUUGGUACGAAUCAAUUGAUUUGAUAAAAAAAUUUGAUGUAUUGAUCUUUGAAUCAUGCGAAAAAAAAAAAUCUUGUAUCGGACUUAUGCGGCCAUAUCUGGAUCGGCACCAUGAAUUGCAUCCUUGUUUGUGUGGAACUGGGCAUCUGGAAAGAAGAAAGAAGUAAAGGUUUUAAAAACUGGAAUCGGGGAUUGAAUCGGUUCGAGUCGGUUCUGAUCUGAAUUGAUUGGAAUCUGUUUGGUUCGGUCCGAUCCAUCCGAUUAUAAUCAAAUUCUGAGGUGAAAAUGGGAUCCUCGGGGGUUGCUCGACUCGCUCCUCGGAUAAAUUCCUUGUCAUCUCUCUUCCUUCGUUCUGUCUGGGGCUCUGCAUUUCUGUGGAGUGGAGACUGAGAGACCAGACCUUACUCCAAAGUGCAUAAUGGGGGCAAGCGAAUACCUCCUUCACUCAUCCGCCUGAUAUUGUCCUUAUAACUUUCUGAGCUUUAAAAAUGGCAGUCAUGGCGACCCUUCCGGGGCUCAAUCUCUUCUCUUCCCCUUCUUCAAACCGUCGCGUUGUUAAUGAACCCAAUCCAUCUCGACCUCCGUCACCUCCCAUCCCUGUACCCAGAUACCCCAGAACCCUCAAAUCCCAUCGAAGCAAAACCCCUUCUCCUCCUCUACAGUCUGAGAAACCAAAUCCCGCUCUUAAAUCCGUUCAUCGCCGCACCAAGUACUACAAGCCAGUCAAGGAUGGAGUAAUUGCAUCGGGCGGCGACCGCUCCGUCGUCAUCGGCGAGUCCGGUGUAUCUUACCUCCUCCCAGGGGCUCCAUUCGAGUUUCAAUUCAGCUACUCCGAGACCCCGAAGGAUAAGCCCUUGGCCAUACGAGAGCCCGCAUUCUUGCCAUUUGCUACUCCUACCAUGCCCAGGCCUUGGACUGGAAAGGCUCCGCUUAAGAGAUCCAAGACGAAGAAAAACAUCCCUUUGUUCGAUUCCUUUAACCCACCUCCACCGGGGACCAAGGGGGUUAAGCAUGUGGAGAUGCCUGGGCCCUUUCCGCUUAAAAAGUUACCGAAAGACGGCAAGACGAGGGAGGAGAUACUUGGAGAGCCUCUUACCAGAGCGGAGGUUCGAAUGCUUGUUAAACCUCACUUGUCUCAUAACCGCCAGGUGAAUCUUGGGCGGGAUGGGCUAACCCACAACAUGCUGGAGCUCGUUCAUACGCAUUGGAAGCGGCAGCGCGUUUGUAAGGUUCGAUGCAAAGGUGUUCCUACUGUUGAUAUGGACAACGUUUGCCGCCAUCUUGAGGAAAGAACUUGGGGGAAAAUCAUUCAUCGAGUUGGUGGCACUGUUUAUCUUUUCCGUGGCAGAAACUAUAACUACCGAACUCGCCCACAGUACCCGAUUAUGCUCUGGAAGCCCGCUGCUCCUGUUUAUCCAAAACUUAUCCAGGAAGCCCCAGAAGGACUGACAAAAGAAGAAGCAGAUGCCUUGCGAACAAAAGGAAAGAAUCUGCUGCCUAUUUGUAAACUAGCCAAAAAUGGAGUGUACAUUAACAUAGUAAAGGAUGUCAGGGAUGCUUUUGAAGGAAGCCCUUUGGUGAAGAUCAACUGCACAGGGAUGCAUGCAAGUGAUUAUAAAAAGAUAGGUGCCAAACUUAAGGAACUAGUUCCUUGUGUUCUAUUGUCUUUUGAUGAGGAACAGAUCUUGAUGUGGAGGGGGAAAGGCUGGAAAUCCAUGUAUUUAGAAGCUCGUUCAGUUGUGAAAAUUAACCCCACUGAUAAUGGCACUUCAUCUGGCUUGGAUGGCUCAGGCAUGCCAGGGUAUGGAAGUCAUGGAUCACACACCAAAACAGAGAUCGCAAGUCCCCGAAUGAUGUCCCUGUGGAAACGUGCCAUAGAGUCCAGGAAGGCACUUUUGCUGGAGGAUCCUGGACUUGGUCCCGAUGCUCUUUUGGAGAGAGUUGAGGCAUUUGUGGAUAUGUCACAAGCCAAGGAACACUCGUAUCCAGCAUUGGUUUUGUCAAGCGCUUGUGAUGCCGCUGAUUCAAGUAAGGAAGAAGGUAAUGAUCAUGACGAAAUUGACAUUGGUGGAGGCGAGCAAUUUUCCGGUGAUUCCUUUGAAGAGAUAGGGCCAUCUGUUCCUCCAGGAUCAUUACCUGUGGAUCUAAUCACAAAGCAAUUCAGUUUAGAAUGAAAUUGGUUGACAAAUAUCUUAUCAUACAUGUUGGGGGUUAGCUGCCAUCUUGGAUGGAGACUGUAUAUGUUAUGGGGUUGGGGAAUUAGAUGCUGUUGUAGGUGGUUAAUCCAAAUGGAGUUCGGUGCUGAAGUUCUAGGAUCAAAUCCCGUCUCCAUUAUUUUAUAGUGAGAUGGUUCCUGUACUUGUUUAUGUCGUUGCCUACAUGAAUAUGUACAAAACAUAAUGCAUUCAUAUAAUCUGUGAACCGAAUGGAACUGAUGCAUAGAUGUUCCUACAA